AUGCCGCUCGAGAGCUAUCUCUCGUUGUCAGCCGGGGGGUGUUUCCCUCUCUCCCGCAAUUCUUUUGUACAACUUACAGUCAGCCGGACCAGUCUCGGCGACGUGCCUCUCCACAACGCCAGCACGCCAUCCUCGCGAAGCGUCUGCGCGGCGCAGUCCAGCAUACCCUUGUACCGCGCGUCGACGCUCUGCAUCCUAGUCUUGAUGUUAUCAAAUGGCAUCGACGCAUACCUAGACACCUGUCAUCAGCACACACGUUCAGCAUCGGCCCGCUCGCUCAUCAGCAUCACCUACACCGUAAAAAACGCCACUGAUCCCGCCCAGAACAAGCGUGCUCCCGAUGCUCCCGUCAAGCAUGGGCCGCCACAUCGCAACCCGCUCCUGAAGCAUCGCAAAUGUCGUGAACCGCACCGCGCUGUUGGUGCCCUGCUUGCACAGCACCGGCGUCAGGCCGCUCCACAGGCCUCUUACGCCCUCUUCGCGGACCAGCACGCCGACGGCGCCGAGCAGCCCGCGGUUCGCGAACCGGCCGCCGGUGGAGGAGGAUGCAUCGUGGAUCAUUUUGGUCUUGAUUGCCUCGCCGGGCGUGACGACGGCGAUGCUCUCCGCCACGCCGGCGCUGAGGCCGCUCACGACGUUGAUCCACGCCGCACGCGGCUGUCGUUUUCCAUGGCCCGCGUCGGGGUCGGACUCCGUGCUGGCCAAGGCGUCUAG